ACCCGUAUGGAUAACGGACCUAAAAAAAUCUCCCAGUCUAUUUUUAUUAACGGACACGUUUGCUGAUAAUUACAUGACUGGCUAUAAGAAACGAUAUGAGAAUGUGAAUGCGUAGGACACAGUGGAAGGAAGAUGCUGUCUGCCGAGCUGGAAACACACUAAACUUCUGUCUGUCUCCUCCUCUGGUCUCCACUGAGUGAGAUGUCUCUGGCUCAGAGGGUUUUGUUGACCUGGGUCUUCACCUUGGUUUUCCUCAUUAUGCUGGUGCUCAAAUUGGAUGGAAAGGUGCAGUGGAACUGGUUCCUCAUCUUUCUCCCUGUCUGGGUUUUUGAUGGCAUCCUCAUCCUCAUGCUUGCCAUCAAGAUGGCAGGCCGCUGCAAGCCGGGAUACGACCCGCGCAACGGCUCUCCAGACCUGCGCCUGCGUAGCUGGUACCUGACAGCCAUGCUGCUGAAGCUCGGCUUCUGCCUGACGCUGUGCGCCAAGCUGGAAAGGCUGGCCGACGUGAAGCUGACGUUUGUGUGCAUACCACUGUGGACCAUGUUAAUGGGGGCGCUGGUGGAACUGGGGUUGAAUAUCUUUCCUGAAAGGAGAGAGGCUUAGUAGCCGCCUAAGAUCUCAGCGUGAUUUGCAUCACCCUCGACAAACCUGUGUAAAAACACGAAGGCAGACAUUGGGAGGAGAUUUGUGUUUAUCUGGUCUCGGCUUUGUGAAAUAGGAGCUUAGCCUGAUUAUGUUUCCAGAGAAGAAUCAAAUCUCCACAUCAGCUAUCAGUAUUACUGUUAAGAACAAGAGACUUUGUGUAGGCAGAUCACACAGUUGGAAGUGCACAGAUUUCAUCAUAACUUACUCGGAAAAUGUGGCCUGACCUUCAUCACACUCACAACUGCAGAGAAACACAAUCUGGCUAAACUAAUGAAGCACAAACUGGAUUUUGCAUGAUGUUAUAAAAGAUGAAAUAACUCCCAUGCCCAGGCUGGAGAAUGGACGUGAAUCUGAAAAAGCACCUCAAUGAGAUCAGAGAGCAAACAAAGCCUGGUUCUUGAUAAAAAUCUGCCUUUUUAAAGAAAACCUGGAAGGGGUGAACCACGCUUUCGUUUCGGUGACUUUCCCAGGAACUUAGAAGAAGCAUUUGCAGGUUCACAAAACUGGAAAAAUGUUUUUCGAGUCACACUAAGAAGAACUCUCAGAGGAUAUUCAGGAAAGCUGCCACCUUGCCAGGGAGGUGAAAAAGAAACCAAGGGUAAUGACAAAAACACCUCCAAACAGCUGAAUAAAGUUUACCAUAAGAAAAACACUUAAGAAUGAUGUUAUUGGAAGAACUUGAGGAAGAAAAGCACACUACAAUACAUGCCAUAUUUGGAAAAGACUAUAUCUGAGCACUCAGUCUUUUGGACAACAGUAAAUAAAAGCUCACCCCAACAGCGAAGCACGGUGGAGGUACCAUCAUGGUUUGGAGCUGCUUUGCUACCUCACAGCCUGGACACCUGUCAGAAUUUAUCACCUUAACCCGAGUGGACAUUGUUGGUGCUAAAGGAAGUGCAAUGGGUCUGGACUGUGAGCGAUCACGCUGUGUUUUUUAUACAAAUAUAUACAUGCUAGUUUAGUCAUAUUAUAAUCUUAAACCUUUCUUGCAGCUGUGGGUGUUCAGGCCUCAUCAGUGUUCAUCAGUAGAGCUGGGACUCUACUGAGCUGCUACUAAGUCAUGUAAACAUGGCAAAAAUAGCUGAAAGAGGGCCAUAUGGGAACAGCUGUAUCUGUAAAACUACUGUGAAGCCAACACUUGGAAGCAAAAAACCCAAAACAUCCUCUGAUGCUUUGUGUUUUUAUGGAUUGAAAAUGUCCAGUAUUGUUUUUCUAAAGUUUAUUUUUGCUGAAUGUAAAUGACGGCAGCUGCACAGGCAGGAACUGAAUCUACUUCCUGUGUAACUAUCACGCUCGCUACAAACUACGGUUUUGACUUGUUUUCCAGGUUUAUUUUUUAAAACCUUUAAAAGACAGCAGCGAGCUUAGCUGCAAACACAGAAGUGGGGGAUUUAAGAAGCAUCU